AUGCGAUUCUCACGGUUGGCCCCGUUGCUCACCUACCUCUCCUUCGCCGCCCUCCUCCCCUCCGUCUGCGCCGACAAGAUCCUCCAGUCGCUCUCCCUCAACAGCUGCCAGAAGCAGUCCGACUUCUCCGCCUCGCUCUUCAACAUCAUCGUCUUCGCCAACAAUGGCUCCGUCACCUGCAACGUCGCCGCCGUCGUCUCCGUCGAGGGCAAGGCCGUCUUCGACGUCGCCCUGCGCGUCUACGGCUACGAGUACAUCCGCAAGACCAUCGACCCGUGCAGCAUGGACCUCCAGGGCCUGUGUCCCAUGAAGCCCGGCAAGAUCAACAUGGAGUUCUCCUUCGAGCUCGGCGACGCCCUCGACCAGGUCCCCAGCAUCGCCUACACCAUCCCCGACCUCGACGCCACCGUCCACGCCCUCAUCAACCUCACAGAGACCGACACCACCGUCGCCUGCAUCGAGGCCGACUUCUCCAACGGAAAGACUGUCAACCUCAACGGCGUCAAGUGGGCCACCGCCAUCAUCGCCGGCAUCGGCCUCAUCUCCGCCGGCUUCAUCUCCGCAAAGGGCCACACCGACGCCGCCGCCCACCUCGCCGCCAACGCCCUGUCAUUGUUCGGCUACUUCCAGGCCCAGGCCUUCCUCGGCCUCACGGGUGUCGACAUGCCCCCAAUCGUCCAGGGCUGGACGCAGAACUUCCAGUGGUCCAUGGGCAUCGUCCGCAUCGGCUUCAUCCAGACCCUCGCGACCUGGUACCAGCGCUCCACCGGAGGCGAGGCCGCCGACCUCCUCAGCUCUCUCAAGACCUACUCCGUCCAGGUCUCCAAGCGCUCCCUCGACGCCCUCGACAACUACGGCGGCCCGGGGCCCCUCCUCAAGCGCGGGCUCUCCAACAUCGCCAAGCGCGCCAACAUCAAGCUCGACAACGGCUCCUACGUCGUCUACGGCAUCCAGCGCGUGGCCUUCCGCGCCAAGAUCGAGACGACCAACCUCUUCCUCACGGGCCUCAUCAUCUACAUGAUCUUCGUCGGCUUCACCAUCGCCUGCGUCGCCGCCUUCAAGGGCGGCGCCGAGCUCGCCGCCAAGAAGGGCUGGAUGCGCGCCGACCGCUUCCUCGAGUUCCGCCGCGACUGGUCCAUCACGCUCAAGGGCAUCAUGUUCCGCCUCAACCUCAUCGGCUUCCCGCAGAUCGCCGUGCUGUGCCUGUGGGAGUUCGUCCAGCGCGACUCGCCCGCCGUCGUCGUGCUCGCCGUCUUCUUCUUCUUCGGCACCCUCUUCACGCUCAUCUGGGCGUCCUUCAAGGUCAUCCGCAUCGCGCGCCAGUCCAUCCUCACGCACCAGAACCCCGCGCACGUGCUCUUCUCAAACCCCAAGAUCAUCAACAAGUGGGGGUUCCUGUACGUGCAGUACCGCGCGUCGGCGUACUACUUCAUCAUUCCGUUUAUUGCGUACAUCUUCAUCAAGGCCGCGGUGAUCGCCUUCGGCCAGGCCUCGGGCGUCGCCCAGGCCGUCGCGCUGAUCAUCAUCGAGGCCGGCGCCCUCAUCGCCGUCAGCGUGCUGAAGCCCUUCAUGGACAAGAGCACCAACUCGUUCAACAUCUCCAUCGCCGCCAUCAACUUCGUCAACUCCAUCUUCAUGCUCAUCUUCACCAACGUGUUCGGCACCCCCGGCCUGGUGAUCGGCGUCGUCGGCGUCAUCCUUUUUGUCGUCAACGUCGUCUUCUCGCUCGUCCUGCUGCUCAUGGUCCUCAUCUCGAGCAUUCUCGUCUUCUGGCGCGUCAAGGGUCAGCCGAUCGUGCCGAGCCAGCUGCACGACCCGAAUGUGCUCGCGAAGCGCGACGGCACCGAGAACAAGUCGCUGCUCGACCUCGACGAGGACGACAAGCAGGGCCUGUACCGCCGCGAGUCCGUCCGCUCGGUGCGGUCAUUAUACGGCGGCGAGAAGGCCAUGGAGGACGGCAGGACGCGGGGCCCGGCGGACAGCCACGAGAUGUCGUAUCUCCCGUCGCCGACGACGCGGCCCGCCGUCAGCCCGGCGAUGCCGCUGUUCCCGGCAGACCCGUCCCUGCGGCCACGGACGCCCACAACACCCCGCACACCGGGUGCGCAAGACCCCCCAGCAAGUCCGUUUGCGACAAUGGACGAGUUUAGGCAGAAACACAACAAUAGUCCAUGGCAGCGCGGCGCAGGAUACGAUCACUAG